GCUUCUCGCAGGGUGACUCCGGGCGCCAGCUGGGGCCUCAGACCCGCACACGCGCGCCCCCUGGCGGCGACUAGGCGCCGGACCCUCCCCCGCGGCGCGCCGGGAAGUGGACGGAAAGCGCGGGGCCGCGGGGCGGAGCCUUUCGCAGCCCGAUGGAGGGCGAGGUGCCCGGCUUCUUGCGGGCCCUCCAGGCUCAGGGCAGACCCGAGGUGCGGUCGCGGGUGCAGGAGCAGGACUUACGGCAGUGGGGCCUGACGGGGAUUCACUUACGUCCUUAUCAACUGGAGGGAGUCAACUGGCUAGCCCAGUGCUUCCAGUGUCAAAAUGGCUGCAUCCUGGGAGAUGAGAUGGGCCUGGGUAAGACCUGCCAGGCUAUUGCUCUCUUCAUUUACUUGGCAGGAAGAUUAAAUGAUGAAGGACCAUUUCUGAUUCUUUGUCCCUUGUCUGUUCUGAGCAACUGGAAAGAAGAGAUGCAGAGAUGUGCUCCAGGUCUUUCCUGUGUAACAUAUGCAGGUGACAAGGAGGAAAGGGCCCACCUUCAGCAAGACUUAACACAGGACUCACACUUUCAUGUGCUGCUGACUACUUAUGAGAUUUGCUUGAAAGAUGCACUAUUUCUAAAAUCCUUUUCUUGGAGUGUUCUUGUUGUGGAUGAAGCUCACAGAUUGAAAAACCAAAGCUCUCUGCUGCAUAAGACACUUUCAGAGUUCUCAGUGGUCUUCAGUCUCCUGUUGACUGGAACUCCCAUACAGAACAGCCUCCAAGAACUCUACUCUCUCCUCAGUUUUGUGGAGCCUGAUCUCUUUUGCAAGGAGCAGGUAGAAGAUUUUGUUCAGCGUUAUCAGGAUAUUGAGAAAGAAUCUAAAUCAGCAAGUGAACUGCACAGACUCUUGCAGCCAUUUCUGUUGAGGCGAGUGAAAGCUGAAGUAGCUGCAGAGCUUCCCAAGAAGACUGAAGUAGUGAUAUACCAUGGCAUGUCAGCGUUGCAGAAAAAAUACUAUAAGGCUAUUUUGAUGAAAGACUUAGAUGCAUUUGAAAAUGAGAUGGCAAAGAAUGUUAAACUUCAGAACAUUUUGUCCCAGCUUCGAAAAUGUGUGGAUCACCCAUAUUUGUUUGAUGGUGUGGAGCCAGAACCUUUUGAAGUUGGAGAUCAUCUGAUUGAAGCAAGUGGGAAGCUUCACCUACUGGAUAAGCUCUUGGCAUUCCUUCAUUCUAGGGGCCAUCGGGUUUUACUUUUCUCCCAAAUGACCCAGAUGUUGGAUAUUCUUCAAGACUAUAUGGAUUACAGAGGCUACAGCUACGAGCGUGUGGAUGGUUCUGUGAGAGGAGAAGAGAGACACUUGGCCAUUAAGAACUUUGGACAGCAGCCCAUUUUUAUUUUUCUCCUGAGUACCAGAGCAGGUGGAGUUGGCAUGAACUUGACAGCAGCAGAUACUGUUAUUUUUAUUGACAGUGAUUUUAAUCCUCAGAAUGACUUGCAGGCUGUUGCCAGGGCUCAUCGAAUUGGCCAGAACAAGUCUGUUAAAGUUAUUCGGCUGAUUGGCCGAGACACUGUGGAAGAAAUAGUCUACAGGAAGGCAGCCUCCAAGCUGCAGCUCACCAGCAUCAUCAUAGAAGGUGGCCACUUUACUCUAGGAGCCCAGAAGCCUUCAGGUGAUGCUGACCUCCAGUUGAGUGAGAUACUUAAAUUUGGCUUGGAUAAACUGCUGUCCUCUGAGGAGAGCACCGUGGAUGAAAUCAACCUGGAGUCCAUCCUGGGAGAAACCAAAGAAGGCCAGUGGGUCUCUGAUGCUUUGCCUGCAGCAGGAGAAGGGAGCGAAGAGCAAGAGGAAGGAAAAAACCACAUGUACUUAUUUGAAGGUAAAGACUAUUCUAAAGAGCCCACUAAGGAAGACAGAAGAUUGUUUGAACAGCUAGUGAAUCUGCAGAAAACCCUUUUGGAAAAAGCAAGUCAAGAGGGCCGGUCACUCCGAAAUAAAGGCAGUGUUCUUAUCCCAGGCCUUGGGGAAGGCUGUAGCAAAAGGAAGCGGAUUCUGAGCCCUGGAGAACUGGAGGACAGACAAAAGAAAAGACAAGAAGCAGCAGCCAAAAGAAAGAGAUUGAUAGAGGAGAAGAAGAGAGAGAAGGAAGAGGCUGAGCAUAAGAAAAAGAUGGCCUGGUGGGAGUCCAACAAUUACCAGUCUUUCUGCCUGCCCUCCGAAGAGAGUGAGCCAGAGGACCUUGAGGCUGGGGAAGAAGAGAGUGCUGCUGAGCUGGAUUAUGAGGACCAAGAUUCAACCUGCAUCAAGUAUGUCAGCGGUGAUGUCACCCACCCACAGGCCGGGGAGGAGGAUGCUUUCAUCGUGCACUGCGUAGAUGAUUCUGGUCGCUGGGGCAGAGGUGGUUUAUUCACAGCUCUGGAAACACGAUCAGCUGAACCAAGAAAAAUAUAUGAGCUGGCUGGAAAAAUGAAAGACUUGAAUUUGGGAGCUGUCCUUUUAUUCCCUAUUGAUGAUAAAGAGUCAAGGAACAAAGGGCAAGAUUUGUUGGCUUUGAUUGUGGCUCAGCACCGUGAUCGUGCUAAUGUCCUGUCUGGCAUUAAGAUGGCAGCCCUAGAAGAGGGCCUAAAGAAGAUAUUUGUAGCAGCAAAGAAAAAAACAGCAAGUGUUCAUCUUCCACGUAUUGGGCAUGCCACAAAGGGUUUUAACUGGUACGGUACUGAGCGCCUUAUUCGGAAGCAUUUGGCUGCAAGAGGCAUCCCAACUUACAUAUAUUACUUCCCUAGAAGCAAGGCUUCUAUUCGUCAGUCACAGUCCUCAUCUUCCUCCUCAACACAGCUGAUGCCUUAACAGUUGGCCCAAUACCAGAUCUAGUCUUUAGCAACCAACUACUAAGCUAUUUGCUCAGAGUAACUGUCAGAGUACUUGAAAAAUGUAUUAGGAUCUGGUGGAUCUCUGAGAUGGUCUGUUUUCUGAAUUUGAGCUUUAAUGUUCUGGGUGUGUUACUCUGAUCUGGUACCUGUAAUACAGGGAUUCAUUACUUAUUUGGGAAAGCCUCUGGUCUUUAGUUUGCAUAAAUAUCUGCAUAAAAAUAAAUUUUAUCUCUCUAAUAA